AUGACUGGAAGAAGAACCCAAAUCAGCCCGGUCGGAAGCCCGUUGUCUGGCAACAUCUCCGACGGCUCCUCUAAAGACCAAGACCGCUUCCUUCCGAUUGCCAACGUGAGUCGUAUCAUGAAAAAGUCCCUUCCGGCAAAUGCGAAAAUUUCAAAAGAAGCCAAGGAAACUGUCCAAGAGUGUGUUUCCGAGUUCAUAAGCUUCAUUACCGGUGAAGCCUCCGAUAAGUGUCAAAGAGAGAAGAGGAAGACUGUCAAUGGGGACGAUCUUCUUUGGGCUAUGACAACUCUUGGGUUUGAGAAUUAUGUCAGUCCUUUGAAAGUUUAUCUCAACAAGUACAGGGAAACUGAGGGAGAGAAGAACACCAUCAUGGCUAGACAAGAGACGCAUUCACCUACUAACAGUAGUAGUAGUAAUCAUGGUGUUAAUGAUCAUAUAAGCAAAGUUACAAAUUCCAUUUCAAUAACGGCAGAUUUUCAGAGUUUCAAAAAUGGGUAUUAUGCAACACUUGGGAUUCCUCUGACUCCUAAGGGCUAUGGAGAUCAAGGAAAGACCAUUGGCUAUGGUGAGAAUUUGACUGGUGCUUUUGAUAUUGGCAAAAUCCAUCAAAUUGGAGAUGGAAAUGGUAAUAGGGCAAUUGGCAGCUCAUCCUCAUCAUGGGCUUGA